UCGCGGACGUCGCGCGCGCCGCGUCGGCGACGACGACGACGACGACGACGACGACGACGACGAUGACGAUGACGCCGAUGACGACGGCGAGACGCGCGGGCGCGCGCGCGACGCGAUUCGCGCGGCGCGGUGGUUUGAAUGCGCGUCGACGGGGCGCGCGCGCGACGCGCGCGUCGACGGAGGUCGUGGACGGCGCGCACGGGAAGACGACGCUGGUGAUGAUUGAGUGCGACGGCGCGCUCGUGGACGUGCACGGGGACGGGCACCGAGUCGCGUUUAAUCGCGCGUUCGCGGCGAAAGGGGUGCGGAGCGCGAACUGGGACCACAGGGAGUACGCGUCGCUGUUGCGAAGCGGCGGCGGGAGCGCGUACGGGAUGCUGGAGCGGUACUUUCACUUUUACGGGUACCCGAGCGAGUUGAACGCGACGGCGAAAAGGGCGAUCGAUAACGACGAGUACUUGAAGGCGAUAAAGAGACUCGGGGAUAUGGUGCCGCUCGCGGACGCGGCGGGCGUCGUCGACGCGGGCGCGCCGACGGGGAUGUCGAGGGAGGACGAAGCGCGGAUGAGGGACGUAUUCCUUCGCGACUUGAUCGACGAGAAAGAGAAACAGUUCCAGUUGAUGAUUGACGAGCACGCGCUCAAGCUUCGAAGCGGGGUUGAGCGAUUCGUGGAUGAUUGUAUUCGCGAAAACGACAAGCUACAAGUGCUCAUCAUCUCCGAGACGGCGUCCACGAGCGAGGAUCGAGUGUUGGAAGCCGCGCUUCACGGGUUGGGUCCACUUCGCUCGGCGGCGAUUUCCAUCACAGGUGCACCGGAAAGUUUCAACGCCACCAAAGGUAUCGCUUCCCAGGCGCGCUCGGAGGCGGCGCGAAUGAUGAAGAAGACCAAGGGCGAUUUGCUCGCCCCGGAAAUCGGCGGCAAUUUGCAGCGCCAAAACUUCAACUCGGACGUCAUCAUCGAUGCUGGGAUGUUCUCCACGAGUCGUCGCUCGAUGCUCACCGCCGAAGUGAUAUCUGAAAUCGCCAUCCAGCGCGGGUUUUCUUCCGAGAACGUCAUCUUUAUCGGUGGAUCCCAGGCGACGUGUUCCGAAGCCACGUCAGCCGGUGGUUUUUCCGUCAUGGUGCGCAACCAGCUCCAGCGCGGCGGCGAGUUCCCAGGCGUGGACUCCGUCGUCGACGGCUACGGAGCGGGCGAGGGUAUCACAUUGCGCCGCAUUCUCGCCGUUUUGGACACUCGCCGAAAGCAGCGCGAAGCGCAAUAGUCAACAUAAAGCUGUAAUUUUAUGCAACGCACCCGCGACGA